AUGUCUGAGCCCAAUAUUUCGAUAGGACCAUGGCUAGUCCAGCUGUUUACAAAAAUAUUUUUCCAGCCAGAUGAUGGCGUGUCUAGUCAGGCCUUCGAUCACGGUGUCAGUCCCGAUCUUGUGGUCAGAAUUAACGGAAAACAUCUGGGCUACCAUGAAUUUCGAAGCGUAAUCCAAGAUACUCGUGCCAAAAAAUACAUAUCGGAGCAAAGUAACGACGAAUUACUUGCGUCGCAGGCUGAUCCAGAAGGCAAAGGGGGAUCCGUUGCUCAGCUCUCUCAUUUCACUUUUAAGGAUAAGGUCACUGGACAUGAGAUCUAUUCAUCAACUGUGAUUCUAGCCACUAUAGAAUGGUCAGAAGGGACACGGCUUCUAACACAGUUGACGGAAGUGACACAUUAA